AUGGCCGAGAACACGGGAAGCAUGAGCAGUAAAAUGCUUGGUUCAUCACCCUCUGGAAGUGGCAUAAGAGCAAAUGAACCACACCUACAUGGUUGUCUCUCCUUCGAGGAAGCAGUGCAUGACACACGUAUAGUUGAAGGGUGGAGAGAUAGAUAUGCACGUAUUAAUGGCUGA